UUGGAUGCGCGCUGUCGUGAGCGGUGCGUGUGUCUAUUUUUGUAAUGAACGCAAGUGAAAAGUUCGAAAACAGAAUUUCGCACUUGGAUUUUUGACUUUGGAAUUUGGAUUAUUGUGUGAUGUGUAAAUAAUGAAAUAAAACUUAUGAUUAUGGUCAGUCGUGGUGCCAAUCAAUUGGUGAAUUUUUCGUGUAUCUAAUUAGUGAAGGAUAGUUUUUAAAUGCGAUGGCGACUGUAAAUUUGGGUGUGUUAUUUGUGCUGGUGUUGUACCAGAUCGCUGCUGUUAUAAGUGAUGAAGCAUCCUCGGAGUCUUCGGAUCUUGGAACAUUAGAACCGAAAGUGAAGAACGACGAGGGUGUGCGCUGCUACUGCAACACCGCGCAGUGCGUCAGCACCGGCUACCUGUGCCGGAGCGCGGCGGGCGGGGGCUGCUACAGCGAGCUGCCCGCCAGGAGACACCACGCCAGACACGGCUGUCUACACCACCUGGCUGAGUCGGAAGAAGACGCGUUAUCGCAGUGCCAGAACGGUCCCUCCGCUGGGCCUCCGCCGCGCACUCACUCCCUGCGGCUGUGCUGCUUCAAGGACCUAUGUAACCACGAGGACAGUCCUGUGGCCAGGGCUCGCCUGAACCUUACCAAUGACGCAGAAGGCAGCGUGGCCCGCGAGCGCGGCGCGUAUAACGGCGAGGUGUGGUUCAAGGCUGCGACGAUCGCCGUCCCGGUGUGCGGAGCCCUUAUCCUGUUUCUGUUGGUUGCUGUGGCCGUACGUUUGUUGAAGGCUGAUGCGCUGCUGCACGCUGACAGGAAGCUGAGGGGCGGCUACAUGACGACGCCUCAGCACUCGGACGAUGUGAAGAAGGUGUGGGUGGGCAACUCGUCGCCCCUUCUGGUUGCCCCCGGCGGCUGUCUCGUUGCCGUCGAGAGGGCGCAACUGGUCGACCUGCCCUGCCAGCAGUACUGUGAUAUACGAUAGACUGGCCCGAAUGGCCCCACGAGCGAGAAAUCUCGCGGGUUGUACUGUGGAAUGACGUUUGAAUUUUUUAUAGUGUAAACGCUUCUUUACAAUGGCAAUUGGCUAGCGCCAUCUGUGUCUGUUUCAAUGAACUAAAGUGUUGCCAUAGAUGGCGCUUUUACGAACGGAAAAUUUUGCACCGCUUUGUGUCUUGUUCUAUUGAUCAAGUGAAUGUAACAUAUCAAAAUUAAUCUAUUUCUACGUGCGUAUAAAAUUGUGUGAAUGCUAUUUUAACCGUCUUGCAAAAGAAGGUUUAUAUUUUUUUUAUCUUCAUUGAUCUCAAUGUAUGACGUCAUUCCGCGGGCCUGCCCGCUAUAUACCAAAUGUACCAUUGUAUAUUUUAUUUAGUAUCAUAUUAAGCGCUUUGUGUUCCUUUAUUUGUAAAUGUUCUUCGACUAUAAUAUUAUGACAGAACGCACCGAAACGCGAUGAGGCACCGUAUUAAGUACAAUAUUGCUAGUUUGAAUUUCAAGACGUGAUGUGCAGCGUAGAGUGAUAUAACUUUUAAAUAUCGCCGCCAUCUUGAAAAUGCAGAGCCUGUAGCCAAGACGAAGAUC